UGCACUCACCUUCCUUCGCUCGCCCGUCCUUCGCUGACGUGCCCAUAGUACGUUCAUUGGCCACAUCUGCAAGCAGAACACUAUUCUGCUUGUCUGGAUCUUUCUCGUUAACGUCUGAGUCGUCCGUGCAGACAUCGAUUACCUCUGUUUCUGGUAGACUUCAUGCCCGUCUUUGAAAGCAGAACGGUAUGCUCGGCGUGGUCAGGUCAUCUGUGCAGAACACUUGAAGGUAUAUAAUGAGCUGUAGACCCGUCGACCAAAUGAGUAGCCAGUUGGCAAAUGAUUGCGGGAGGAGGUACAUAUGAGAAAGUAAGAGACACGAUGACCUCGAAAGCGCUCGGGGCUCGGGCAAGGCUCGGUGAGUGCGUUUGUCUCCCUCAACUGGCCAAUCCGAUGUCUUCUUUGUCUGCCGUGAGAACUUUCCUGGCCUCUUGUAGUAUAGAUAGAUCUGAGUGCAGCCACCGGCCGAGCUGCCGCAACCGCCGGCAUUGCUCGGCCAUCACAGAAUGGGUAGCAAAGGGGCUGUCCCGGUAUUGGGGGCGCGUUUUGAAGCAGACCCUUAGAAGACCGACCUCUCCCUCACUCAAAGAGGUCUUCUUUAGGGUCUGCCUACGGGAGACAAUCACAGGUCGACGAACGAGAGAGAGGAGAGCGCUGAGUAGUGCCAAUGGACAUUACGGACACAUGCCUUGGACACUUAUGGACGCUGUGCCAUCGGACACUUCGAGUACACUGCAGGAUAGACAGUCAGUACCGGGCAAUGUGCCAUGGACACGUAGAGUAGAACAAAAAAGUCAAAGGAACAAAAACAGUACAUACAUGAGUUCAAACACAAUCAAUGUCAUGACAAUCUCUUCAGUGCGCAUGUGCAUUUGUUUGACUCGCGUCCCUCUCGUCAGUGAGAUCAAACCCGGCAGCUGAGGAUGGUAGUACUUACUGCCGCCAUACGACUCGGAUAGACCACUAUACAUCGCAGAGACCGCCUCCGCGCCACAUUACGCAUUCUGUAGGAUAUUUGCCAGGGUACACGCGAAGCUGGUGAGAUACUGCAAGAGCAGUGGUGACUUGCGGUAGGACGCACAGGCGAGAUCUGCCAGUGAAGCCUUCGG